AACAACGUAACCGAAUUGCGAUCAAAACCCGAAAUGUCUUUGCGGUAUGUAUAUUACUUCCAAGGAAUCAUGUUGAUAUAGGAGAUAAAAGGAAUUUCCGACUUGAGUAAACCGACAAUUUUCCGCCACACACCUUCUUGUAGCUUCAUAUCGUCAUGAUAAGUAAUCUACGUUUUAAACAAACUUUUUAUUAGUCUCUGAAAUUUGUUGCAGCUGAAUAAGCGAAUUCGUAUUCGCUAAAAUGUUAAGGAAGUUAAAUUUUAUCAAAUUAAUUAGUCUCCUUGUUGUCGUCUCUUUUAACUAUUCUUUUAGUGAGGAUGUUUUUUUUGUCGUGAACAAGUACCUGGGGUCUCAGUUUUAUUGUAUAACAAACAGCUCGCGUGCUUUAAGUUGGAUAAUCGAAGACACCUCAUCCAGCAAAGAUUUACAGCAAGGAUCAAGAUUUCUUCCAAUCGCAAAAACACUCUGGAAAGUGGACUGCAAUGAAAUCCGAAAGUAUGGCUUGCAGUGUCGUCAGUCAGUUGCGGAUGAAAUUAUUACCGAUCGGCGUUGGGAAAACAUACAAAUUAGCAAAACAGACUAUGUAGAUUUCUUUAAAAAGGAAUUACAAUUUUCAAAGAUCCUGGAGAUAGAAAGUGCAAAUUUUAGCGUGCCGCUAUCCAUCCGCACGAGUAAGGAAGCUCAUAUAUUUUUGUGUGAAAACGACACCGUAACAUCAAACUGUUAUUGGUUUAUAUUACAAGGAUUUAAUGGAACAAAAUCUGUAUUUAGAAAAUGUCCUGUUAAGACAAUACCUACAAAAAAUAAUGUUGCGGUGGGGAGUCCCUGCGAUACCAAUAAGGUUUCAAAAGAACACGGAUCAGAGUCUUCUAAAUUUCUAACAAAUACCACAUGGCAACACUUUAUGUUGACAAAAAAUAAUAACAAAAUUAGUCUCAGCAAACAAGACGGUCAGGAAAUAAUAUCAUAUACCGACAACGAAGAGACGUACAAGAUAAGGAAUAUUUUAAUACACAGUAAAAGAAAUGUAGGUCUUUGGAAGAUUCAUAAAGAUAAAUACUUUACAAUUAACCAAACAAAAAGAACAGAUUUUGAACGAACCUUGUUCCCAGUAAACGGCAAAAUUUGUAUUACUACAUUCUUGAGAAUGUGCAAAAACUGCAAAAUAAAAUUUGUGAUUACAAGUGGAAACAAUGAUAAACAAGUUUUGGGACAACAAAUUUACGAAGAGAUGCCCAAAUGGACCGAAAUUACGUUUGUUAAACGAACAACUGAAGCCAAGAACGUUAAAUUUGCAAUUAUUACUACGCCCGAAAUUACUUCACAUUCUUACUGGGAUAUACAAGAAAUACAACAAUGUGGAGAAAAUGGUCUAAGAAUGAUUCAGUUGGAUAUGAUGCCAAAUUGUCAACUUUUAAAUUCCGAUAAUAAAGUCAUUUCUUUGGAUAACGCCGUGACACCAUCUUAUGCAGACAAGUACACCAAGUGUGCCGAAAAUACUAUUAGUAUACACUGUGUACCGUGUAACUUAUUCCUGAAUGAAACUUGUGGACAGCUAAAAGUAUGCGAAUACAAUCAAAACGGGUUGCUCUGUUCAUGCUCAGCUGGAUAUAAAACCGGCAAGAAGAAGAUAAACUGCCAAACCAGGUGUGAUUUUGGAACUUACGGACAUCAUUGCAGCAAGACGUGCAAUACGCAUUGUAUGGGUUAUUGUAACUUUACUGAUGGAACGUGUACAUCUUGCUAUAAUGAUUAUAUGGGUCCUAAGUGUGAGAUGGCACCAACACCAUUUUUUAAAAAUCCUCCCAAAAUAAAAAAAAUUGGAUACACGGACGCCGAAAUUCUUGUAGAUAACUUUGAAUUGGAGCGUUCUUCAGUCACUGAUAGUUCUCGGUACGAGUACACUGUCCAAUACAAGGAAACAAACUCUACAGAAUGGACUCUUCAUAGCGAUAGCGCUGACGUAGGGAUGUCACAUACAUUUAAAAUAAAAAAUUUAAAACCUGGCGUAAAGUAUUUCGUUAGAUCCACUAUAAAAAAAUAUGCAGGAAAUUUCAGCGACAGCAUUCCUAGAAAUGAUUUUAUUACAAAGUGUGACGCUUUAAAGAGCGAAGAUUUUCAAGUAGAACCAACCAAUACCACAGCUUAUAUAACCGUGAAACUGGACUCGAAAUUUAAAAUUUGCAAAUUGAAAAAUUCUGAAACAAGUAUCGAAAUCCAGCCUAAUGUACCUAAAUUUUCUUAUCAUUUGGAGGACAUGACUUUAAAUAUCAAUGGUUUAUACCCUUUUGAGAACUUUACUUUGACAAUAAAAAACAACAACACAAUUGUGAAAAUACCAUUUAGUACAACAGAAGGAGUGCCAGGCAAUGUAACAAAUGUAGUUGCAAGAGCCACAUCAGAUUCCAAAAUUGAUGUAAAGUGGAAAGCUCCACCUAAACUACAUGGAAACUUUCAAGAUUUUGUUGUCUCAUAUAAAAUAAUUAGAUAUCUUACUUGUGAUGCCGCUCCAACUCACUUUGAAGAACUUACAGAAAUUUCGACAGAUACCUCCAUAACUUUAUCUAACUUAAAACCGUACACACUAUAUUCCAUUUCUGUUAAAGCCAGAAAUACAAAAUUAUCGGGACUAGAAGAAAAGGUAGAACAAAAUACCCCGCAGUCAGACACAAUCCGCGAUCAAGAAAUACCAAAAGCGUCUUUAAAAAAAACGAAUAGUCGCUCGGUGGAAUUCGAAUUUUCGAGCGUACCCUGUAGCAACCUUGGAGGCCCAAUAGAAGUUGUAACAAAUGCAGUAUGCUUAACGGUCUGGUGUAAAGACCAAAAUGUAUCGAAUUCUUUCACAUAUCCUCAACAUAAAACACUCACAUUAAAUAGUCUUGCCCCGUUCACAAAUUAUCAGCUAACAUUUGGAUUUCACAGAAACAAUUUCAGCAAAAUUAUUACAUUUGGUAGCUUUGAAACAAAAACUGAAUCUCCUUAUGCUGUAAAUAAUUUGUCGGUUUAUUCCAAAAAUACACACUCGAUUUCUGUUCGAUGGCGGCCACCGAGUCCUCCGACUGGAAUUUUAAAAUUGUAUCUAAUAAAAUUGCUUGAAAAGGCCGAAAAUAUUAGUGUAACCAACGUGCCUUGUUUUUUGUGGCCCGAGUACCAGUGCUACACUUUGAAAAAUUUGUCAGAAAAUAUGAAUUAUUCUGUUCAAUUGAGUGCGAAAAACGAGGAACCGGACAAUUUCGGACAAACUUCACUUGUUAAGGCGAUAACGAAAAUUGAACCUUCAGAGAAACCUCCUGACGUUAUGGUCAAGUGGACUUUAGAAAAUUAUCUUGACAUAAGAUGGAAACAUCCAGUUGUAGCGAAUGGCGAGAUACAAAGUUUCAAGAUAAGGAUACUUCAACUUUCAUCCAAAAACAAAAGAAUUGAUACAUCUUUAAACAUUACAAAAGAUCAAUAUAAACCUACGUAUCAAAAGAUUGUAAAAUCGCAAGAUAUACGAACCUCAACAAAUUAUAAAAUCGUGGUUGAAGCUUUCAACGGUAUGGAGGGAAAAGAAGGGUACGUCACAGACCUGAGUCCUCCUGAAAUUCCCGUGCUUGAAAGAGAACCAAAAAUCGUCAACGUUUCAAAUAUUACAAUCACACUUCAAGUCGAGAAAAAUAAAAACAUAAACAACAACAACACUUACAAGCUAUUUUUGUUAGUGUCAAACGCCAACCUACAAUCCGAUUCUUAUCCACCAGAGCUACAAAAUUUCGAAAACAAUUUCGGCAUAAGUCUUUCACCGGUUAGAGUGAUUUACGAGUGCAACAGUCUUUCAACCACAAAACAGUUUGUAAUAGGACAAAGCGGCAACGUUACAAACUGCAAACAAGGUUCAAAUAUUCCUCUAACGACUGGAACCCCUUACAACGUAACGGUGAUGCUAGUUAGCACCUAUCGAGAUAAAAGUAGUUACAAAUUAUACUCUAAAAGCGCACUCACUUCCGGUGAAUCACCAAACACCCCCAGAGAUUUAACCCUCCUGGCUUUAUUAUUGCUGCUGCUGAUAAUUCCAAUCGUCAUUUUUAUCUACAUCAAAAGACGCCCCAUCACCGAAAAAUUCACCAGUUUCAAAACAAACAUGUUUGGAAACGAUCCACUUCUCGAAGAAACCGGAGGUGAAGACACCCCCCUAGCAACUGUACUAAAACCCGCCGAAAACACUAAAGUGUACUCGAAAAAAAUCCCGCUCUCUAGUUUUGUCGAUUACGUGAAAGAAUCUCUAAACAACAACGAAUUGAAACGUCAGCACGAACUAUUUCCUCGUGGUCAAACCAAACCGUGGGACUACGGAGCCAUCAAAGAAAACAAAUCGAAAAACCGCUACAACAACCUCAUUGCCUAUGACCACACCAGAGUCAUUCUUAAAAAAAUCAGCGGCAAACCCCACUCCGACUACAUUAACGCAAACUACAUCGACGGCUACAAAGUCAAAAACGCUUUCAUCGCAACUCAGGGACCCAAACUUUCCACCGUUAACGAUUUUUGGAGGAUGAUCUGGCAAGAAGGCGUCCAACACAUAGCCAUGCUAGCAAAUAUCCAAGAAGGUGGCAAGAAAAAAGUCGAAAAGUACUGGCCCGACAAGCACGAAACUUUGCCUUUUCAAGACAUCACGGUUUACUACAUUUCGAGCGAAAUGUUCGCCGACUACGAGCACCGCAGGUUCCGAGUCGUCUGCAAAGAUGAGACCAGAGAAGUGCAGCAGUACCACUUUUUGUCGUGGCCGGACCACGGAGUACCGCUUUACUCCCAGAGUCUGAUACCGUUUCUGAUGACCCUCCAGAGCAUCCAGUUGGACUCUAAGUCGCCGGUCGUGGUUCACUGCAGCGCAGGUGUGGGUAGAACUGGUACUAUAAUCUUAUGCGAUACUUGUUUAAGAAUGGCAGCUGAGGAAAACUGUGUCGAUGUUUUGAAAACGCUGCAGCAGCUGCGAGACCAAAGACCCAACAUGGUCGACAACAUCCAGCAGUACAAGCUAGCACACCUGGUGAUUGUGGAGUACUUCUUCGGAAUGUAUUCGGGUUUGUCGUGCCAGGCUUUAAACGCAGAAGUGAAGAAACUGAUCAAAGGUGGAGGGAUUAAAAAACAGAUGAGUUACUUAGACGAAACGGCCUGGCAAGACCAGACUAUGAAGUCAGUGGCGAAUAAAAGCGACAAGUUUGUCAUAGUGAAGGAGAAGAAUCGCGAACAAACUAUAGUUCCAGAGUGUCAAGGUUGCAUCUUCCUUUCCCGUUAUCCCGUUGACGACGAAGCUUCCACUUACAUUAACGCGGUCCGAGUGGACGGGUUCCAGUGCCCUGGUCGGUUCAUAGUGACCCAGCAACCCAUGCAGAACACUCUGGGUGAUUUCUGGAGACUCAUCCACGAACAAGAGACAUCACUGAUAAUAUCGCUAAACGAAAUCAAUCUCAAGAACAAAAGCAGCUGCCAUUUCUGGCCUUCCACAGAACAAGCAUUCAAACCCGUAGACUACAUCACCCUCAAACUCGCAAAUAUUUCGUCUUCAGAAUUUCACGAUUUGAUUUCUGUUCACAUGCACGUCAACGACAACAACGAGUACAAACUUGUCGAAAUUAUGGCUCUGAAGACGUGGCCCGCCAGAACCAACUGUCCGAAAAACAUCAAAAAUUUUCUUUCGUUCUACGAAAGUGUCAACGUUGAGUCAAGACAGUCAAAACCCGUCGUGGUUACGUGCUUUGAUGGAGCUCUUGCCUGCGGUCUCUACGUAGCUCUGACUUUCGUCAUCGAAAAAAUUAACCUGGAGCAAGUUUGCGACGUUUGUCAAGCCGUGAGGACGGUUCGCCACAACAGAAGCCAGUUUGUUCGGAACGAAGAACAGUUCGAGUUUUUGUACAAAGCGGCGGUGGCUUACGUCGAAGGGUUCCAGGAUUACGCCAAUUUUAGCUAGUUUUUGAAAGCGCUUUUAUAUUUUUGUUUCCGCCAAUGCUAAAGAAAUAAAAAAUUACACACAAA